CUAAAUAGUAUCAGUAUUAUUUGAAAAGUUAGGUAUCAACAAGUGUUCACCAAUGCCAACGCUAAUGAGUCCGCGAAUCGCAUCUUUUGUUGUACUUGAUUUAGAAGCAAGCACUUAUGACGGAAACGAAUCAAAGCUGUCAGUUGCAGAAUUGUGCAUGUAUGGUUUCCCCAGCACAGAUUUGAAAACGCAGCCAAUAAGAGUGACACCAAAUAGUAAAAUUUGCUCGCCGCUACCAUCACCAAAUUUAAAUAAACUUACAUUGCUAUGCAAUCCUCAAAAAGUUAUUUAUCCAACAACCACAGCCAUGUCGAAACUGGACAAUUACAUGUUGGAAUAUGAGUCAUGCUUUGAUGCGAACACUGCAGUUAUUAUUACAAGCUUCAUAAAGCACAUGCCACAACCGGUAUGCCUGGUUGCACACGGUGGCUCUAAACAUGAUUUUGCGAUAGUUAAAAAUACGUUCAAUAAGCUCAAAUUGGAACUUCCGCAUGACAUUCUUUGUAUAGAUUCAGUAAAUGUAUUUUGGGGAAUAGACAAACUCAAGGAGUGCGACCCUGAAUUCAUAAACAAACAUAAUGGCCAAUAUCCACCGCGUGGCACGUAUAAGUUAAAAAAUAUGUAUGAACGGUUUUUUAAGGAGGCACCGAAAGUGAUGCAUCAAGCCGAAGCGGAUGUGGAGAGUUUAACGCAUUUAAUGAAUGUAUAUGGUAGUGAUUUUCUGUUAUAUGCACAAAAUCACGCCAUACCUUUUAAGGAUGUAGGGAGUAAUGUAUAAGUAUAAAUAAAACUCAGACAAAAAAAUUAAUCUACAUGCUUUAUAUGCAGGAAAUUACAAUUAACUAUAGCUUUUUAUAAAUUGUAUCAUUUAUUUUAAUAAAAGUUCAGAAAACUGAA